UCUAACCUUUUAGGCAUAUUAUAUACAGUAAAACUGUUUGUUUCAGUUUAAGAUCGCAUAAUAAUUAACCUCGUGAACACCAUUAUCUUGCACUGAAAUUUAUUAAAUAUAUUUGGAUUUUUAUUCAAAUAGAGCGGUUUAUACGUAAAAAGAAUAGAACAAAAUUAUUCAACUUUCUUCAUUUAAUUAGACUUAAUAAAAUGUAAUACACGGAAUUGACGUCUGAAGAUUAACUUGGGCGAAAUACUUGUAAAUCUCAAAAAGGAAGACUCAUUUAAACUUUGACUCACUGUGUCUAGAAGUAGUAGAUGUUAAGAAGUGUUCCAUUGUAUAAGAUUUCAUUUCAUUAAUAUUCAACAUAUUAGGGAAGAUGCACUCUAACUGGAGGGAUUGCAAGGCAUGGCUAGACAACGGACUUCCUAUAAACACAACCUGCAACGAGGCAGCAAAGCUGUACGACGCCUCCCUUACACAGUAUGUGGGGAAAUACAAUGACAUGAAUGUAGGAGGAUUAGAGAAAUCUAUGGAAGAUACACUGAGGGCAGACCCGAAUUUCGUGAUGGGUCACGUGAUAAAGAACGGUCUUAACUUGCUUGGGACGGGCACCUCUAUCCAAUUUGACAAUAAACUCGCUACAGACGUUGACACCAUGGUGAGACUUUGUUUCAACCAGCAAGGACUUUCUGAUCGGGAAAAAAUGCACGUCAACGCCGUUAAACUCUGGUCUGUUGGAAAAAUGGCAAGGGCAUGUGACAUAUGGGAAGAUAUACUGCUUGACAACCCUAGUGACAUCUUGGCCCUUAAGUUCGCUCAUGACACAUAUUUCUACCUUGGCUACUCUAAUCAUAUGAAGGACUCGCUUGGCCGCGUGCUCCCACAAUGGAAGAAAGAUACCCCAUUAUACGGGUAUCUAUAUGGAAUGUAUGCCUUUGGUUUGGAAGAAACCAACCUGUACCCUGAGGCUGAGAAAUUUGCCAGAAUGGGCCUGGAGAUUAACGAGAAAGACGUUUGGUCCACACAUUGCAUUGCACACGUUAUGGAGAUGACGGGAAGACAUGACGAAGGAAUCAAAUUUAUGUCAGGAACCGAAAAUAACUGGGCGGCCAGUGGAAUGCUGUGCUGUCAUAAUUACUGGCAUUGGGCUCUGUACCUGAUAGAACAAGGAGACUACUCUGGGGCGCUCGGAAUAUACGACGAAUAUGUGUACAAGACGUCCAAGUCAACUGGUGCUCCCCUGCAUUUUGUUGAUGCAUGCUCUUUACUCCUACGCCUUAAUAUGGAAGGUGUGCGUCUGGAGGGACGUUGGAAUGAUUGCUACGAGGUGAUUCGACCGCACGUGGAUGAUCACGUUCUCACGUUCAACGACAAUCACAUACUUCUUGCUUGUCUUGGUGCCAAUAAAAUCGAGACUGUCAAGCGGAUGAUGACUUCAAUAAAGGAAUCCGUGGUUAAAUGCACGGGAGAUCUGGCCAAUAUUACAAAAGAGGUGGGGUUGCCUAUCUGUGAGGCGUUCGUUGCCUACAAUGAUGGCGAUUAUGCAAAGGCAGUAGACCUAAUGUAUCCCAUCAGAUAUCAAGUGUGGAAAAUAGGUGGAAGUAAUGCACAGAGAGACAUUUACAAUAUAUUUCUUAUCAACGCAGCCCUGAAAUCAAACAAACAAAAACACCGUCGGCUUGCAAGAGUUCUCUUAAUGGAACGGAGAUCGGCAAAGCCAUGUUCCCCAUUGACAGACCGACUCAUACAAAGGACGCUUGCAAUCCAUACUGGGUAAAAUCGUGUCCCUUGGAGAAAAAGCGUGUUGCGCUAAUAGAAAAGUCUUGAUCUAUCCAAGACUAAAAGGAUUUUUUUGUGACAGUAGAAAACAGGGACACAGAGGGAACGUUUAGUGAAAGACGCACAAUGUCAUAACAAACAGAUUUGAAAGCAUUAACAUUAAAAUAAAUGUCAUAUUUGGCUGUAUUCAAGUAAAAUUAAUCAAUAAAGUUGUAUUUUGAUU